AAUCAAAUCUCACUUAAACUCCUGGUUUUGAAGUUUUGAACCCUGAAAAACAAAACCAAAAUCAAGAUCUGAAAUUUGAAGAACAAAGAAAACCCUUUUUCUGUGUGGUCACAGAGAGAAAGAGGAAAAUAUGGGUUUGUUUUCCUUCUGUUUUGCAGGGGGAGGGUUUGUGAUGAUUGGUAUUUGGGAGGCUUUGUUUUCAUCUUACCUUCACUUAAACUCAUCAUCUUCUGUUUCUCCUCCUGUUUCUCCUCCUCGUUCUUCUUCAAACCAACAAACAACAAGAAGAAAGAACAGAAGACCAGAUUCAAUGUUCAUUAGUGUUAGAUAUGUUUCUGUUGGUUUUCUAUCAUUAUUCUUCAUUCUUGACUCUGUAAUCUCAUCGUCUGAUGCUCUUAAUAUUAAAGAUCAAGUUGGAUUCUCUCUACAACUAGACAUCUUCUCUAUCUCUUCAUUGUUUUUUCUCUACUCUGUCGCAGGUUUAUUGAGUAAUUCAACUAAUUUUCUACCAAUACCUGUAUCAUUGUUGAAUCUAAUUGGUUUAUUUGGGUUUGGGCAAGAACUUGUUUUCUUUUAUGUUCAGAGAAAAGAUCCAAAUGGAAUUGAGAAUAGGUAUUUUGAUAUGUUACUUGUUCCUAUCACGAUUUGUAUUCUUAGUACUCUUCUCGAAAUGGGUUCGCCUAAAUCUAAUUUACCAGGUUUGGGUCGUGGGUUUGGUUUAAUUCUUCAUGGAACAUGGUUUAUUCAAAUGGGUUUUUCCUUUUAUACUGAUAUAAUGGUUCAUGGUUGUGCUUUGCAUGAAGCAAGUAGAGGGAAUUUUACAGUGAAAUGUAAAGGGCAUAUGGAUUCUCAUAGAGGAAAAGCAAUUGCCACUCUUCAAUUCAAUUGUCAUCUUGCUUUGCUUGUGAUUUUGAUUGUUGGGUUUUAUUCAUUUAUUGGUAAUAAGUUUGGAUUUCCUGGUGGCGAUUAUUCAAGUUACAAGCCUCUUAAUGCAGAGUUACAUCAGUUGGGCAAUCAAACUCAGUUUACAUUAGAUUCUGAUGAUGAAGAGAGUAGUUUGGAAGAAAAUGCUGCACAACAGAAGACAAAUUCGAGUAUUGUUCCUGUGUCGUCUGAGGUUAAUGGAUUUGGAAAUCAUUAGUGAGGUAAUUUUUGAAUUGCUUAGUUUGUAGAGUGAGUGGACUUGAACUGAUUUACUUGUAAUCUGUUUUGAAUGCAGAAAAGAUUGUUCAUUUAAUUGGAGAUUUGAAGUAUUUUCAUUCAAUCUAAAUGAUGUUACCGAGUCAAUGUAUUUGUUGACUUUGCAUACUGAAACUUCUUCUGAUACCGGAAGAUGAUUUUUGUUUGUUUUUAUGUUAUUAUUGACUGUUUGUGGUUGUGAAACAAGUACUUAGAAGCAUAUUACAAAUUCUCUUUAUUUUCUCUUA